CAACAAUACUCCAUUAUUAUGGACACACAAAUCAAAGCUAGUCGGCGUUUGGAGGUUUUGAUGCUUCCAUUUUUGGCCAUCGGACACAUCUCACCAUUCUUGGAGCUAGCCAAGAAGCUCUCCGACAAUGGCUUCUCCAUCCACCUAUGUUCAACUCCCAUCAACCUCACUUUCAUCAAAACCAAAAUCCCAACCAAAUACUCACCCACAAUCCGCCUCCUGCAACUCCACCUGCCGGAGUCGCCGCAUCUUCCCCCUCACUAUCACACCACCAACGCCCUCCCGCCCCAUCUCACCCCCGCCUUCGACGCCACCCUCUCGGCGGCCGAAUCCGCCUUCUCCGACGUCAUGAAAGCUCUCGCCCCGGACUUGUUUGUUUACGACGUUCUCAUGCCGCCCUGGGCCGCCGGCGUUGCAGCGUCGCAUAAUGUCCCGGCGGUCCAGUUCUUCACUUCGAGUUCCGCCAUGUGCGCCUACUUAGCGCACAUGUUUCACAGGCCCAGCACGGAGUACCCAUUGGUGGACCUUAAUCUGACCAGACAUGAGCACGAGAGGAUUCGUAGGUUGAUCGGAGACAAGAGAGAUUCCGGGCGCGGUGUUUUCGACGACAACGUGAUGGCGAUCAGUACUUCCAGGGAGAUUGAAGGGAAAUAUGUGGAUUAUCUGGGUGAAAUUCUUCAAGAAAAUAAUCUUCAAGUCUUGAUUCUUGGAGCAAUGGUUCAAGAUCUGGAUCUUGGAGACGAAGGAGAUUCUUCCGAGGUGAUUGAAUGGCUUGGGACGAGACCGGAGAAUUCAACUCUGUUCAUCUGCUUCGGCAGCGAGUGUGUCCCGUCAAAGGAAGCCAUGGAAGAGAUAGCUUUUGGGUUAGAGCUAAGUCAAGUUAACUUUCUAUGGGUCAUAAGGUUUCCAAAGGGGGCGCUGCCGGAGGGGUUUAUAGAGAGGGUGGGGGAGAGGGGGAGGGUGGUCGAGGGGUGGGCCCCACAAGCAAGAAUCCUAGCCCACCCAAGCGUUGGAGGGUUUCUGAGUCAUUGCGGAUGGAAUUCAGUACUGGAAGGCGUCCGUUAUGGCGUUCCGAUUAUAGUCAUGCCCAUGCACCGCAUCGAUCAGCCCGUGAAUGGGAGGUUGGUGGUGGAGAUUGGGGUGGGUGUGGAGGUUGGGAGGGAUGGAGAUGGGAAGUUUGGUAGGGAAGAAGUGUCAAGAGUUGUUAAGGAUGUGAUGGGGGGAGAAGUUGGGGAAGAUAUGAGGAGGAAUGUGAGGAAGAUAGGUGAAAAGGUGAGAGUGUCAAGUGUGGAAGAGAUGGGGGUGGCUUCUAAUGUGCUAGCACAACUAUGUAAGAACAACAACAAUAAUGGACAAUUUGUAUUGUAGUUUGGAAUAUCUCUGUGAGCUUUUAACUGAGUAAUACUUAGCUUCUUUCAUAUCCUCAAUCCAAUCGUUAUACAAUUGGAUCAUGGUACAUAUGUUUGUGUUUUGUGUUAUGACUUUUUGUGCCUUUUGUUAUAAAAU